UUCCUAUAUGUUCAGCGUUCGACUCAAUCCACUUGUGCAUUCAGACCAUACUUGCUCAAGUCGUUGACCCAGCACAGGAAACAAAAAACCGCACCUAUGGCGUUAAUAAGUCUCAUAGGGCAGUCUUUAGGCUCGCUCGGGGCAUUCGUACUUCUUGCAGUAGCAUUGGCGCUGACCUCCCGCAUAAUCUACAACUUAUACUUCCACCCCCUAUCCAGAUAUCAUGGACCAUGGUACGCCGCAUCGUUCUCAAUAGUAAAUGCCAUCAUAUCAGUCAUUCAACGCGAGCCACAGUGGAUGCUCUCGUUGGCAAAACGCUAUGGAACCAAAGCCGAUAAACCAAUUCGCAUCGCACCCUCGCUCCUCUUGUUCCCACAAUCUGCUGCCUUGAAAGACAUCUAUUGGGAUCCAAAAUGCAAUACCAAGACUCGUUUCUACGCGACCGGCGCCCUAGGACCGCCCCAUCUCUUCACGACACUUGACGGAAACGAACACAGGGCGCUCAGAAAAGCCCUCGGUGGGCCCCAGUGGUCGAUAGGAGGCCUGAAGAACAACUGGGAAGCGCGUUUCGACUCCCACAUUCAACUCUUCGUCCAGCGCAUGACGGAAUUUGCCCUGAAUAACGAGCCCGUCAUGCUUUGUGACAAAGUAGCUCAAUUCGCUGCCGACAUAAUGACCAUGGUCUCCUUUACUGACACCUGGGGAUUUGUUGCCAACGGACGUGACGAGCGCCACAUGCUCGAAAGCUUCCGUAAGGGCACCCCCAUGUUCGGCUUCGUUGGCCGGUUCCGCUGGCUGCGCGACAGAGUUAACAGAGUAUCCUGGGGACAUUUGUUCCUGCCUAGCGUAACUGACAACAAUGGGAUGGGUUACUUAAUGGCCCAGGCCGACAGGCAGGUAACAGAGAGAGAGGAGCGGAUAACGAAUGAGGGUUUCUCACAGGAGAAGCCUGAUUUCAUGCAGCUUUGCAUUGAAGCACGCGUCAACGGAGAGCCUCUAACCGCAUCUCAAAAGCGCGCGCACGUCACACUGUUGAUACAGGCCGGCGCCGACACAACCGGCACGGCGCUCGGCUGCACGCUGCGCUUCCUUUUGAAGAACCCCUCCGCCCUUGCCCGUGCCCGGGCGGAGAUUGAAGCUGCUGAUGAAGCAGGGCUUCUCAGCGCAACGGUCCAAUACGAAGAGACCAGGACGCAUCUACCGUUUUUCGUGGGGUGCAUUAAGGAGUCGCUGAGAUUGAACCCACCUGCGCCGAACCUGUUCUCGAGGCUGGCGCCGGGACCUGGAGGUAAGGUUGUGGACGGGACAUGGGUACCCGCAGGCGCAGAGAUGGUAAGCAACUCAUACGUCGUGCAACGGGAUCCUACACUUUUCGCACCGGACCCGGAGGUUUACCGACCGGAGAGGUGGCUGGAAGAAGCCAAUACGAAGGAGACAAUCAGCGAGAUGGAGGCUUCUAUGUUUGUGUUUGGGAUUGGGCCCAGGGUGUGUCUGGGUAAGGAAGUCUCAAUGAUGGAGAUGUAUAAGUUGUUGCCUGAGAUUGUUCGCCGAUUCGACUUUGACAUGAAGCAGGAAGGAAGGUAUAUAGUGUCUGGAGGCCUUGCGUACAACGAGGACUUUGAGGUACAGCUACGUGUCCGUGGCACCUGCUUCAAGCAGUAUAUGCGUGUAAGUCACAAUUAUAAGUGUCUGUAUAAACUGCAGGGUAAUAUUAUCUGCCCAGCGUCAGUAACAGCCCCUAAAUGUUAG